CGAAUCGUUCACUCACGAGCCAACACUACUCCACAAAAUAGAAUUUAGAAUCACGAACGACCACGAAAUAUUUUCACGGUAGUUGCUAUGUUUAAAAUGAAACAAAACUCGCUCGAUCUGCACGCCCUGAUCAAUAUGCGAAAGGUGCACAACUAGGAAGUGUGCAGUUGCAUAAUGGCACUGCAGAGAACUGCCUGUCGUUUUUGGACCGUCCAGAGGAUUUUGCUUAAGAAAGACUUUACUCGAACGCAAGAAGCCGUAAAACGCAAAGGGACAUGUCCGAUAGAAGUGAGCCAUUUGGACCAUUUGGUGCUGACUGUGAAAAGUGUGCCGGACACGGUCAAGUUUUACACGUCUGCUCUGGGCAUGGAUCUUGUCACGUUUAAGGGGGACCGUAAAGCUCUGAGCUUUGGGAAGCAAAAGUUGAACCUUCACCAGCUGGGCAAGGAAUUUGAGCCCAAGGCCAAGCAUCCGACUCCAGGUUCUGCAGACUUGUGUCUCAUUACCAAAACCCCUCUGACUACUGUCGCUGCACACCUAAAGGUGUGUGGGGUGCAGAUAGAGGAGGGCCCGGUGGACAGGACGGGAGCGGUGGGGACAAUCACCUCUCUGUACUUUCGAGAUCCGGAUGGCAACCUCAUUGAAGUGUCCAAUUAUCAUCAAGAAACACCAUAAAACAGUUUUGUUUUCAAAAUGUAUGUUUACUUGAGAGAUUAGCGGCGGGCCGUUCUUUUGGUACCGGGUUCCUCACUGCGGUCUUAAUCUGUGUCUUUUCAACUUUUACAAUUUGUCACCUUGGCUUUGUACAUAGGUUGUGUUUUCUCUCAUUAAACAGUCAGGACAGUCUGACAACAUUGCAACUUCAUUGUUAUUCCCAAGCAAUGCAAGGUGCAUCCGCCCUUGACUUUGUUGUUCUUAAUGAGAGAUGAGAAUUCAAUAAAGCUAAUUUUGGAAAUCA